AAAAUGAAAGCUCGUUGACCCCUUGGGGAUCUCAGGCCGAAGAAUUCAAAAACAAUGCGUACUUCUCACACAGCUACUUGCAGACAUAUACGUAUAUACAUAUAUAUAUAUAUAUGCAUAAUUAAUUAUAUGAUUUGUCUCUGUUCCUUGUUUGGAGAAACUGUGGUUUUGAACUCCGCCGCAACUGUAAAAUUUCCAGGAAAGUUUCAUUCUUUCUUCCUUCGUCUUGGAUUCUCGAGUGAAUGCUCUUCUCUGCGGCAAAACCCUGAAAAGAGAGACCAAGUGGCAGAAUCCCCAUCUGAAGAAAAGUGCUGACAGCAUUUUCCUGUUUCUUCGUCCUUCCCAUGUUUCUUCGGGCUACAACCUAAAAAAGGGUACUUCCAGUUUCUCUCAAACUCUGUCCUUUCCUCUGUGCUUUGGAUCUUUCUCCAGUUAGAAAACCGCUGUUGCUGUUGGUUGGUUCACCGAAGGAGGAGACGUAAGAUAUGGUGUCGAGAUCAUAUUCGAACCUAUUGGACCUUGCCUCGGGUGACUCGCCGUCUUUCGGUCGCAUGAGCAGACAGAUUCCUCGGAUCAUGACGGUCGCUGGGUUCAUGUCUAAUAUCGACGACGACCCCGCAGAGAGUGUAUCCUCCGAUCCAUCCUCUUCGACCGCUCGAAAGGACCGUCUGAUCAUUGUAGCCAAUCAGCUGCCGAUUCGUGUCCAGAAGAGAUCUGAAAACUCCAGUACCAGUACCAGUAGCAGUAAUAUCGGUUACAAAAACUGGAUCUUUACUUGGGAUGAUAAUUCGCUGCUACUCCAAUUGAAAGAUGGGUUAGGGGAUGAAGAAGAAACUGAGGUUAUUUACGUUGGUUGUCUGAAAGAUGAAAUCCAUCCAAAUGAUCAAGAGGAAGUGUCUCAGAUUCUUCUGGAGACAUUCAAAUGCGUGCCCACGUUCUUGCCACCUGAUCUCUAUAGCCGAUACUAUCACGGAUUCUGUAAGCAGCAUCUGUGGCCUCUGUUUCAUUACAUGUUGCCAUUGUCGCCGGAUCUCGGUGGCAGGUUCAACCGGAAUCUAUGGCAAGCUUAUGUGUCGGUGAACAAGAUUUUCGCCGAUAGGAUCAUGGAAGUGAUCAACCCUGAGGAUGAUUUCGUGUGGAUACAUGAUUACCACCUGAUGGUUUUACCGACGUUCCUGAGGAAGAGGUUCAACAGGGUGAAACUCGGUUUCUUCCUCCAUAGCCCGUUCCCGUCUUCGGAAAUCUACAAGACUCUGCCUGUUAGAGAGGACCUUCUCAGGGCUUUGCUAAACGCUGAUUUGAUCGGGUUCCAUACCUUUGACUAUGCGCGGCAUUUCCUGUCUUGCUGCAGCCGAAUGCUCGGGCUUACUUAUGAAUCCAAGAGAGGGUACAUUGGCCUUGAGUAUUACGGUAGAACCGUUAGUAUCAAGAUUCUUCCGGUGGGAAUCCACAUGGGCCAGCUUCAGUCGGUAUUGAGCCAACCAGAGACAGAUGCGAAAGUUGCUGAGCUUCUUCAUCAGUAUUGUCGGAAAGGCAGGAUAAUGUUGCUCGGUGUGGACGACAUGGACAUCUUCAAAGGAAUAAGUCUGAAGCUGUUAGCUCUGGAGCAGUUGCUUAUGCAACAUCCAGAAUGGCAAGGGAAGGUUGUGUUGGUUCAGAUAGCUAAUCCUGCAAGGGGAAAGGGCAAAGACGUAAAAGAAGUACAGGCCGAAACUCAUUCAACAGUUAAACGUAUUAACGAGACCUUCGGAAGACCCGGGUAUGAUCCUGUGGUAUUGAUCGAUGAACCACUCCAGUUCUACGAAAGGGUUGCUUACUAUGUUGUUGCUGAGUGUUGUUUGGUAACAGCGGUUAGGGAUGGAAUGAAUCUCAUACCUUAUGAAUACAUAAUUUCCCGUCAAGGAAACGAGAAGCUGGACAAAAAUCUGAGUUUGGAACCGAAUACUCCCAAGAAAAGCAUGUUGGUGGUAUCUGAAUUCAUCGGUUGCUCGCCAUCACUUAGCGGGGCUAUCCGGGUUAACCCAUGGAAUGUCGAUGCAGUAGCUGAUGCAAUGGACACUGCCCUGGAAUUGUCUGAACCGGAGAAACAACUUAGGCAUGAGAAACAUUAUAAGUAUGUAAGCACACAUGAUGUUGGGUACUGGGCUCGGAGUUUCCUACAAGAUCUUGAGAGGAGUUGCAUUGAUCACGGCCGGAGGAGGUGUUGGGGGAUCGGAUUUGGUCUCAGUUUCAGGGUUGUGGCACUCGAUCAAUCUUUCAGGAAGCUGUCGAUGGAACAUAUAGUCUCGGCUUAUAAGAGAACGAAGACUCGAGCUAUUCUUUUGGAUUAUGAUGGCACGUUGAUGCCUCAGGGUUCUAUUGAUAAAAGACCAUCUUCGACGUCUAUCAAUAUAUUGAACACCUUGUGCAGAGACAAGAGCAACCUUGUAUUCAUCGUGAGUGCUAAAAGCCGAGAAACACUCUCAGACUGGUUUUCUCCUUGCGAGAAGCUUGGAAUUGCUGCUGAACAUGGGUACUUCCUGAGGCUGAGGAGGGAAGCAGAAUGGGAAACGUGUGUGCCUGUGGCAGAUUGCGCUUGGAAGCAAAUUGCAGAGCCUGUGAUGCAGCUUUACACCGAGACAACUGAUGGAUCGACGAUUGAAGACAAGGAGACAGCUCUUGUUUGGAGCUAUGAGGAUGCUGACCCGGAUUUUGGCUCAUGCCAAGCUAAGGAGCUUCUUGAUCACCUUGAAAGUGUUCUUGCCAAUGAACCGGUCACAGUCAAGCGAGGACAAACUUUCGUCGAGGUCAAACCACAGGGCGUGAACAAAGGUCUUAUUGCGACAAGGUUGCUUUCGACAAUGCAAGAAAGAGGAACAUUACCCGACUUUGUCCUGUGUAUAGGAGAUGACCGGUCUGAUGAGGAUAUGUUUGAGGUCAUCAUCUCCUCCAUUGAAGGCCCUUCUGUUGCCCCAAGAGCUGAAGUGUUUGCUUGUACUGUCGGACAGAAACCCAGCAAGGCCAAGUAUUACUUAGAUGAUACGGCAGAGAUUGUCAGGUUGAUUCACGGGUUGGCUUCGGUUUCAGACGAAUUUGCUCCCAUCUAAAACUAAGCAGACCGAUGCGAAAACAACUUUUUACCCCUUGUCUCCAUCGCCAGUUUCCUUUGUAGAGCACUAUGGAAAGUAUCUAUAAUCUAGAGAUGCUGUAUGAUGUAUGUGCAUUUACUCUGUUUUUGGUACUGAUCUGUCGGUUGUAGCUCCAAUUCGAUGAGCUCGGUUUCAUAA